AAGUAACGAUUUUAAAUGUUUAUACAAAAUAAUUCCAAUUUCGAUAAUAGUGGUGGCGUUGGCGAUGCUAGUGCGGGUGGUAUUAAUGAUGGUGGUGGUAGCAUAAGUGGUAUGGGAGGCGGAGGAGGAGGUGGUGGUAGUCUUGAUGUUGUUGGUGCCGGCAAUGUCGAAGCAAUUAGUGUGGGUGACAGCAGUUUAAGCACAACCGGUAGUGAGGGAGCCGGUAGUCAAGAACUGAUAUUUCCUUUGCGAUCGCCACGCCACCAAAGAAACAGUGAUGUCCAGCUACCGCUGCGUGAGAACAAUAACAAUGCAAACACGAAAAGAUCAUUCAAUUUAAAUCUCAGCUUCAGCAACAACAACAAUCGCAAACUGUUGAGUGUGGGAGGUGUGGCCGGUGGCAUAGGUGUGGCAGGUGGCGCCAUUAGUGGAUGCGUUAGUACAGCCCAAUCAUUUUGGAGUUCGGUAGCUUCGAAUGUUUCGGCCUCAUCGUCCUCCUCUUCGUCGUCCUCAUCGUCCAUAACAUCGGCUUCACCAUCGGCUUUAGCCUCAUCCUCGACCUUGUCAUCGGAUGUUAGUAGUGGUGUUGGCGUUGGUGUCAGUGCAUUGGGUAGUGGUAGUGGCUGUGGUCCGGGUGUGGUUCAACGCGUAUUCAUUAAUACAAAACCCAAAAAUAAAACUGAAUUAAUUUUAGCAACUGGCCCCAGUACAAGUUCAAACAUCAUUACUUCGGGUAAUAAUAUAUUAAAUAUUGCCGAACGCAAUAACAAAACUCACGCUUACAAAAUGGAUGUGGAUUCAUCUGAUGAAAAUGGACCUCAAACAUUCCUCAAUACAAACGAUAAUGAUGAUGAACUUAUUAAACAACUGCCAAAGGAAAUACUAUUACGUAUAUUCUCAUAUUUGGAUGUGGUUUCAUUAUGCAGAUGUGCACAAGUCUCCAAAUAUUGGAAUAUCUUAGCUUUAGAUGGAUCCUGCUGGCAGAAAGUCAAUUUAUUUGAUUUUCAACGUGAUAUUGAGGGUCCUGUCAUAGAAAAUAUAUCCCAACGUUGUGGAGGAUUUUUAAAAUUUCUUUCCCUACGAGGUUGCAAAUCUGUGGGAGAUCAAUCAAUACGAACUUUAGCCAACCACUGCCACAACAUAGAACAGUUGGAUUUAUCUGAAUGUAAUAAAAUUACCGAUAUAUCGACCGAAUCGAUAAGUCGCCAUUGUUCAAAAUUAGCCUCCAUUAAUUUAGAAUCAUGUUCUAAUAUUACCGAUAAUAGUUUAAAAUAUAUUUCGGAUGGUUGUCCGAAUCUAUUAGAAAUCAAUAUAUCAUGGUGUCAUUUAAUAACAGAAAAUGGUGUUGAAGCUUUAGCACGUGGUUGUGUUUAUUUGCGAAAAUUCUGCAGCAAAGGUUGUAAGCAGGUGAACGACAAUGCCAUCUCAUGUUUGGCUAAAUAUUGUCCAAAUUUAAUGGUGCUCAAUUUACACAGCUGUGAGUCUGUAACCGAUUCAUCGAUUAGACAAAUCGCAAGUAAUUGUCACAAUUUACAAAAACUGUGUGUAUCCAAAUGUGCCGAACUGACCGAUCUCUCAUUGAUGGCACUCUCGCAAAAUAAUCCCUAUUUAAAUACUUUAGAAGUAUCAGGUUGCCGUAAUUUUACCGAUUUGGGUUUCCAGGCCCUGGGUAAAAAUUGUAAAUACCUGGAGCGCAUGGACUUGGAGGAGUGCAAUCAAAUAACUGAUUUAACAUUAGCCCACUUGGCCACUGGCUGUCCAAGUUUAGAAAAAUUGUUUUUAUCGCACUGUGAACUGAUAACGGAUGAUGGUAUACGCCAACUAGCCGCUGGUAGUUGUGCCGCCGAAAGUUUAUCCGUCCUCGAAUUGGAUAAUUGUCCUUUAAUCACUGAUCGUACAUUAGAGCAUUUAGUAUCUUGUCAUAAUUUACAAAGAAUUGAGCUAUUUGACUGCCAAUUGAUAACAAGAGCAGCAAUACGCAAACUAAAGCAACAUUUACCAAAUAUAAAAGUUCAUGCGUACUUUGCCCCAGUUACACCGCCUCCAGUUACCACUGGACAACGACCACGUUAUUGUCGAUGUUGUGAGAUUUUGUGAGAUUCGGCCAUUGGCUUUGCCCGGAAAUUACUGUGCAAAGGCCCCACUGACUGAUGUUUGCAUAUAUUCGCGAGCAUUAUACUGAUUAUCUUGACGAUUGUCAUCGCAUCGCUAAUGUUACUUUAUGUUUUUACGGCAAUCUAUAAAUUUACAAUUUGAGUUUAAUUUCUAUCUCUUUCAUCUUCACUUUCACCAUCACCACAAUUAUAAUUUUCAUUUCAUAAUUUUAUUGUUUUUUUUUGUUAAAAAUCAAACUACACUUACAACAAUAACACUUAUAUGAAUAACAACAACCACAACAACCCCAAAAUAGAUGAUAUAUUUACUUAUACGAACCUUUAAAAAAUUCUUCUAAAUUUAAUUUUGACUCAAAAGAAAAAAACUCAAAAGAAAUAGUGAAAAUCAAAAUCAAACAAAUUUAAAUUUUGUUGCAACCAGAAAGAAACAAACUCUCCCUUUUAGUUUAAUUUAUUUUAUUGUAUGUUUUACUUUAUUUUAUUAACGAUACGAAAAUGUUUAACAUUUUAAUUUUAGUUUUUUUUUAUUAUUAUUAUUUUAGCAAUUUAAAUUUAAUUAUAAAAACAAUUUAUAAACCGAAAACUAAAUAAACAAAAUCAUUUCAUUAUUUAUAAAAAGAAAAACAAAAAACAAA